GUGGCUACUGGCUAGUAGGUUAUAGGUAGUACAAACUACAAGUACUGUAUACCAUAUGUAUACUACCUAUCUAUAAGCCAAAUUUGCAAUAUUUAUUUAUAUCCUAUUUUAACAAAUAUCUCCAAACAAUUUAGGCUGUACAAAGUGAAAACAUGAAAUACAAUAAAUAUAUUCAAUUAGUCAUAAGCAUUUAAAAAUAGAAUAGUUACUUUAUCCGCAUAGUUAUCGUAAGUUAUAAAGCCGUAAAAAUGUUUCAAUAUAAAUAUCUCAGCCGGGAACAUCUCGAGGGCUUCGACAAUUACAAGUAUAUGUCAAAAGAUACGAGCCCCCUGAGUGUUUAUGUAAUGCACCCUUUUUGGAAUAAAGUCGUAGAGAUAAUACCACGAUGGGUUGCACCAAAUGUUUUGACAUUCGCUGGGUUUAUGCUGACAGUACUUGACUUUGUGCUGCUAUCAUACUAUGAUUACGACUAUUUGGCUGCCAGCACUAAAGUUCACAAUGAGACAUCUACAGAACCCCUGAACGGGCAUAUGGAAGUCAUUCCCCAGUCUCUGUGGUACAUCUUAGCAGUAUUCCUGUUCUUAGCCUACACUCUAGAUGGUAUUGAUGGCAAGCAAGCGCGCCGGACGCAGACCUCUGGACCUUUAGGUGAAUUAUUUGACCAUGGACUUGAUUCAUAUUCAGUUUUCUUUAUACCAGCCUGUCUUUAUUCCAUUUUUGGACGUUUAGACUUCUCUAUACCACCUAUUAGAAUGUAUUAUGUGAUGUGGAAUCUACUAAUCAAUUUUUAUCUGAGCCACUGGGAAAAGUACAAUACCGGCGUAUUAUUUCUACCGUGGGGUUACGAUUUCAGUAUGUGGACGUCAACAUUAGUCUUCCUAUGGACGGGUUUAAGAGGCACCGGUUUCUACAAGCGCUAUUUAUUCGGUGGAUACACUCUCGCCAACGCGUUCGAAUGGCUCAUAUACUUUACAGGUGUCUUCACUAAUUUACCUGUCUCAUUAUAUAAUAUAUACCAAUCGUAUAAAUUAAGGACAGGAAAAAUGCGCUCCACAACUGAAGCAAUACGACCGUUGUGGUCUCUACUAAGCAUGAUGGUCGUUUGCUCGAUAUGGGUCCACAAGUCGGAUCGGUUGCCGGACUGUGACCCGCGUGCCUUAUUCCUACUCAUUGGCACGCUGUUCAGUAACGUUGCAUGCCGUCUCAUAGUGAGCCAAAUGAGCAACCAGCGGUGUGAAAUGUUUAACUGGUUGCUCUGGCCUUUGUCGGCCGCAACUAUAAUGUCCCUCAUCUUCCCCAACUACGAAUUAGUAAUGUUUUACACUAUGAUCUCUAUGAGUAUUGCGGCUCAUAUUCACUAUGGGGUUUGUGUGGUAAGGCAAAUGUGUGACCACUUCCGAAUAAACUGUUUCCACAUAAAGCAACGUUCAGAUUGACUCUUAGAUGACAGUGCGUGCUAAUAACAUAACAUUGAAUGCCUUCUGUG